AAAAGUAAAGCGGAACCUUUCUUGUACAGACAGUGCGCGUCUUCUGUCACACGGACAGUUUUAAGGUUACACGUAAAUAUCAGCGAACAUGGCGACGCGCGUGGAGAAACCACAUGUCGUUGUUGUAAAUGAAAAUGAGGAUGUUUCUGAUGAUAGUGACAGUAUAGAAGAGGAGGAUGAAGAAGAAGCCUUAAGCAAUCAGGAGGCAUCAGAUGUGGAGAAGAGUGAUGGAGAGGAGGAGAAUGAUGAUAAUGAUGAAGAAGAUAAUCCAAACGCUGGCUGGGCAGAGGCUAUGGCCAAAAUCCUGGACAAGAAAACACCAGAAAGCAAACCCAGCAUUCUCCUGAAAAACAAAGAGCUGGACAAGAUCAAGGAGAAGGAGAAGAAAGAGCAUCUUGAAAAGAAGAAGAAGAUCGAUAAGAAACGAGCGUGGGAGAACAUGUGCCGCGAAAAACCUGACGUGGUUCGAGACAGAGACCAAGAGAGGGCUUUACAAAGAAUUGCUACCAGGGGUGUUGUGCAGUUGUUUAACGCAGUGAAGAAACAUCAGAAGAAUAUGGAUGAAAAGGUAAAGGACGCUGGGGGCUCUGUGAGAAAGAAAGCUAAAAUCAUCUCGUCUGUGUCUAAGAAAGACUUUAUUGAUGUUCUGCGAGCAGCAGAUGGCGCUCACAACCCUGCCAUCAAGAAAGAGACAGAAACGGCUGUUGAGGUGAAAGCAGGCAAACCCUCUUGGAGUGUACUGCGAGAUGAUUUUAUGAUGGGUGCAUCUAUGAAGGACUGGGAUAAGGAGAGCGAUGAAGAGAGAGGUGCUGCUGACCAGGAGCCGGCUGAGGACUACAGCAGUGAAUCCGACUGAUCCCUGCUUCCCAAAACAGUGGAUAAAAACACACAAGGUCUGCACCUGUGUUAAGACUCUGCAUUACCCAGAGAUCUGGGCGGGGGACUCAAAUUCCUGACAGUGGAAUAGAGGAGAGACGAUGUUGCUCUGGAUCUUGUGAUCAAGACUUCUCGUGUGUUUUGGUCAACAGGGUCUCAUUAAUGAAUAAUAAUGUUGCAUAUUUUUGCAACAACUCUAUGCUCGGUUUCUGUAUAUAGUCAUUUAUAUCAUUGUUAUUACCAAAAAAUAAAUCAAAUUUAUGUCAUCAUUUCA